AUGAAACUACAGAAUAAGAUCCAGAAGAAGCUCCAUGAAUAUCAUGAAGCAUUGUUGCUUCAAGCACGGAUUGCAAGGCUGGAUCGACCCAGUUCACGAGUACUGUCAGCCUUGAGAAAUUGGUUCACUGGUGCCUACCUUCGCAUGAGCGGUGGUGAAACAAUUCCCAUCGGUGGAAAAGCUGAGCAUUUGCUUGAGGACGAAAACGACUUGGUGGCGCUCAAGACCCCUCCAGACCAAGACCUCUUAUCCAAGACGCAUCGCAACCAUUGGAGGCCUCUUGGGAAACGGCAGCAAGGCUCAGCAGACGGAGCUGAGUACUAUCUGGAGCGCCACGUUGCACGGCUCGUUGCCGUGAUCAGCUCUGUGGUUGCUGCGAUGCUGUUGAUUGGUGCUGUGGUGGUCCUGCACUUCAUCACAAAGGCUGGGGCCAGGUUGGGCAUGAUUGCAUGCUUCACGAUUCUCUUUGCGUUCAGCCUCGGCCUUCUGACCAAUGCGAAGCGCGCCGAGAUUUUUGCGGCGACAGCUGCCUACGCUGCGGUGCUGGUCGUGUUCGUCUCAGGGGACUUGGGAAAUUCGCAGUGUACCUGUAGAGCGUGA